UUUUCGUAAUUUUGUUUACUACGGCACAAAAUCCUCCAAAAUGAAAUUAAAAAAGAAAGCGAAUACAGUAAGAAUUCCACCUCUAAAAAGAGCUAUAAAAGUUAAUCGCAAAUCGUCGGAUAUCGAAGGGGAAUCAGCUGUAUCGAAAGCGUUAAAGAAUGUUAGAAAAGUUUUUGAGAAAAAGACCGUGGAGUCAACAAACGAGGAACCAAAGCUACCAAUUAAAUCGUACCGAACCAAAAAAACAAAACAGAGAUUACGUAAAAAACAAGUGUAUCCAAGAGGUAUAGUAUACGUGGGACAUAUACCACAUGGUUUUUAUGAAGAACAAAUGACAGACUAUUUCAAACAAUUUGGCAAAGUAACCAGAGUACGAGUGGCUAGAUCUAAGAAUACUGGUAAAAGCCGUGGUUAUGGAUACAUUGAAUUUAUGCAUCCUGAAGUGGCAAAAAUAGCUGCAGAGACAAUGCAUAAUUAUCUAAUGUGUGGUAGACUAUUAAAAGCUACAUAUAUACCCCCUGAGAGGCAACAUCCACGCUACUUUGCUGGAAAACCUUGGACAGAGAAAGUUUAUCCAAAGAAAGAAAAUAGAAAUGCUGUAAAUAAAGUGAGAAAUGCAAAUCCUAAGAAACAAGAACAUGCAAGAUUUGUGCAAAGUACACGGGACAAAUUGUCUGCUCUAGAAAAGAAACUGAAAGAGAAGGGUUUUGAUCUCAAAUUUGUACCAGCAAGUGACGUAAAGGCAUAACAAGUACAUAAAUACCUUUAAUAUUAGUUUCAUAAUUACAGCGCACAAUUUAAAAUAAAGUAUUAUGGACACAUUGAACGUAAUCUUUGUAUAAAAUACUAUUUACAAUUACUUGUUAAUAUAAAGUCUUUUA